AUGCUGACCCCCGCGUUCGACCUCAGCCAGGACCCCGACUUCCUUACCGUCGCCAUCCGCGUGCCCUACGCCCGGGUCUCCGAGUUUGACGUCUACUUCGAGGGGGUCGACUUUAAGUUCUACGCCAAGCCGUACUUUCUCAGAUUAACCCUUCCUGGAAGAGUUGUAGAAAACGGAAGUGAACAGGGAUCCUAUGAUGCGGAUAAAGGAAUUUUUACCAUUCGAUUGCCGAAGGAAACUCCUGGCCAGCAUUUUGAGGGACUGAACAUGUUAACCUCUCUUCUGGCACCAAGAAAAUCCAGGACUGCCAAACCACUUGUGGAAGAAAUAGGUGCUUCUGAAGUUUCUGAGGGAGGAGUAGAAGCUGAGGAUGAAGAGUUUGACUGGGAAAUUGAACAGGUCCCCUAUGAAGAGGUAUCAGAAAGUGCUCUGAAUCCACAGUACCACUAUGGAUUUGGAAAUUUACGAUCCGGAGUGUUUCAGCGGUUACAGGAUGAAUUGAGUGAUGUUAUUGAUAUUAAGGAUCCAGAUUUCACUCCUGCACCUGAACGAAGGCAGAAACGCCUGGAUGCUGAGCUGGCCAAGUUUGAUCCUGAUCAUUAUCUAGCUGACUUUUUUGAAGAUGAGGCUGUUGAACAGAUUUUGAAGUAUAAUCCUUGGUGGACUGACAUAUAUUCAAAAAUGAUGGCCUCUUUGGGAAAGAGUCAGGAACAAGAAAAUCAUGCUGCAUUAGUGUCUUUUUCUGAAGAAGAGAAAUAUCAGCUGCGAAAAUUUGUCAAUAAAUCUUACCUACUGGACAAGAGAGCUCUUCGCCAAGUGUACUACAGUUUGAUUGAUAUCCUUCUGGCAUAUUGCUAUGAAACUCGUGUCACUGAAGGAGAGAAGAACGUUGAGUCUGCAUGGAACAUUAGAAAACUGAGUCCCACACUGUGCUGGUUUGAGACUUGGACUAAUGUUCAUGAAAUCCUGGUGUCUUUUGGAAGAAGAGUUUUAUGCUACCCACUUUAUCGCCACUUCAAGCUGGUGAUGAAAGCUUACAGAGACACUAUAAAGAUCUUGCAACUAGGUAAAAGUGCAGUUUUAAAAUGUCUACUGGAUGUUCACAAAAUUUUUCAGGAAAAUGACCCAGCUUACAUUCUGAAUGAUCUCUACAUCUCAGACUACUGUGUGUGGAUUCAGAAAGCCAAGUCCAAUAAGUUGGCAGCUCUUGCAGAAACCUUAAAGGAAGUGUCCCUGACAAAGGCCCAGCUGGGAUUAGAACUGGAAGAACUGGAGGCCGCAGCACUUCUUGUCCAGGAGGAAGACACUGCAUCAAGAGCAGGCCGUCCUGUUUCCAGGCAGCAGACACCUGCCUGCCCUCCUGAGGCAGGGGACACGGAGGAGUCAGACAGCACCACCUCAAGUGAGACCGAAGGCUCGGACUCCGAACAAGGGGAGCUCUCAGGUGGUGAGUCUGAGACAGUGCGUUCCUGGCAGGGUCCCUUUCUCAAGGAACGCGGCGACCUGCUAAUUGAUGACGGGGUGUGCAGAAACUCAGCCGUCGAGAGAUGUGGUGGUAGUCCGAGAAAGCCACCCGCCUCCCCCCGGGCUCCUGGAGGCUCUGGGCCGCUGAUAGAGGAGCUUGGAGAGCAACUGAACUCGAGAGUUCAAGUGUCCGGACCUGAGGACUCUGCGGCUGCAAGCCACAGCAGCGUGCAGGGCAGAGGCGACUGGCAGACACCAAGUGAUUGA